AAAAAAGUCAAAGCCCUAGUUUGACCACCUCUGUUUUCUCCCCCUUUUCCUCACUUUUCUUGUCUUCCUCCUCCCAGCCUUUGUCACGAUUAUCACUCUAGCGGCAAGCAGUAGAACUUCGGCGUGCGCAAAAUCUUCUUCCGACCAACCCCUGCGGCGUGGCUGUACUUACGCGAUUGAAGCGCUUCUUCCGCAGUGACACUUCAUCGGUUAAUGCACAAUAAGCAACAAACUUCUUUGAACUUGAACCAGGAAAUAUCCAAGUGAUUUAGAGGUGAAAUUUUGUUUAAUCAAAUCGUUCAAUGAGAUCGGUUCAGCAUAGAAUUCAGCUCGAUUAGUUUCUGAAGGCAUUUUCUCUGUCGAGCUAGCUUAAGGAAGUUUCUCAAAAGGGAUUCUAAGAACGUUCAUCCUUGCACAAGUAUGCCGUCAAAGGGAAAGAAGAACUCAAAGACACUCUCUAGAUUAUCAAACUCGAACCACUCUCAAUCUCCAGUGUCACGAUUGGCAAUACCUCCUGCCUCUGAAGUUUGUGAAGAUGAUUUUCUUUCCUCUAUUGAAGAAGCUUCAAGUAAAUAUCCUUCUUUGAUAGGUAAAUCUGCUUUUGUUGGAAGAGUUACUAAUGCUUCAGUUCAAUCUACUGGCUGCAAAGUUUGGGUUUCUGAAUCUUCUAUGGUUUCUUCUAGCUUCACCCAAGGGGCUAUUGUCUCGAUAGCACUUAGUUCCGUGGGAGAUAACAGUUCCAAAGGCUUUCCUCUUUCCUCGUUAGCAGAUGAAUGUGGUAGGCACUUUGGGGUUGAUUAUGGAGAUUCAUUAAACCAUGAAGCGGGAAAUUACUUUGUUCUUGCGAGAAUUUUCUCUUCUAGUAAGGAGUUAAAUGAUGGAGUGCAAUUAUCAACAACCCUGUCGUUUACCUUGGGUUGCCCUACAAUUGGUCGUGUUGUGUUUAUCUUCCCGUUAAAGACCCAUGUAUGCAAUGAUGCAUUAAAUGAAAAUGGGAAAUUGAAAAGCACAGAAGUUGAAUCUCUGGGAAUAUACAAUUGUAAGGAACUGUUCCUGGAGCUAGUUUCUUCAACCAAUGUAUCAAAAAAAGACAGCUUAUUCUCUUCCUCAACUAUUUAUUCAAGGAAGGUUCAUGGUCAUAGUGAAAAUGGUAAUUUAGCAUCCCCAAGCACCAUGCUGUCUACAUCUCCUAAAUGUGAUGAUGCAGUAUCAAAUUUACUUGUAGAGAGGCCAUGCGCUCAUUCACUUAUUAAGGAGGCCUUAGGAGAUGAUAGUGUUAGAAAAACUCUACAGACGAUUGCUUCCAAUGAGUUGUAUAAACGUUGUUUGCUGCGGGGUAAUCUUGUAACUUUCCCAGUACUUUCAGAUCUUUGUACAUUCCAUGUGAGGGGUGGUAAAGGACUGUCAGGAUAUGAUGACUCGCACGAUUCUAUGCACAGUGGAAGCGACUCUAUGCACAGUGGAAGCGACGAUCAUUUUCAACAUUUUUCAUCAAAUGAAUAUGUGGAUUAUGUUUUCAGUAUAGACCAGUUGACAAAAGUAUUUAUAAAUGUUCAAUCAACUACAGUCUCAGAGACAGUGCAAGAAAGAGUUUCAUCAAAAGUGGAUCCUCAAAAUCUAAAUAUGAGAGCUAAAGUAAAGCCUAAAGUUUGGAAAUUGGGUGGUCUUUCUAAAGAAUAUUCAGUUUUGAAGGACAUCAUAAUUGCCUCAUCAUUAAAUAACACCGUGUCAAGCCUUGGUUUACGAACCACAAAGGGUGUACUUCUUCAUGGUCCUCCUGGUACGGGAAAAACUUCUUUGGCUCAAUUAUCUGCUCAUGACGCUGGUGUCAACUUAUUCUAUUUGAAUGGACCUGAAAUUAUAAGUCAAUAUCAUGGGGAAAGUGAACAGGCCUUGCAUGGUGUUUUUGAGGAGGCAAGCCAAGCUGCGCCUGCUGUGAUAUUAAUUGAUGAGUUGGAUGCUAUUGCGCCUGCAAGAAAAGAUGGAGGUGAAGAGCUGUCUCAAAGAAUUGUUGCUACUUUGCUUAAUCUAAUGGAUGGGAUCAACCGAAGUGGUGGGCCACUUGUAAUUGCUUCUACCAACAGGCCUGAUAGCAUUGAGCCUGCACUAAGGCGGCCUGGGAGACUUGACCGGGAAAUUGAAAUAGGUGUGCCAUCUCCCAAUCAACGGUUAGAUAUUCUACACACAAUACUAAGUGAAAUGGAGCACUCUCUUUCAGUGGCGCAAGUUCAACAUCUAGCUAUGGUUACACAUGGAUUUGUGGGUGCCGAUUUGGCUGCCCUUUGCAAUGAGGCUGCCUUAAUCUGUAUAAGGCAAUAUCAUGAGUUUAAAGUUUCUACUGAUUUCGUUAGUUCUGGUAGAUCUGUUAUAGCAGAGGAACAACAUAUGGUUACUAAGGUGGAUAACGAAGCCGAUGUCGAUCAUAGGAUUUCGGAAUCUGUUCUCUCAAAAGAUGCAAGAAGUAUAUCAGGCAUAUGCUCAAACUCAGCGCCUUUAUCAUUUUCUGAAGAUACUCUUACAUCUGAGUCUUUAGCAUGUGUGUCCUCGAAUGAAGUGGUUGCUGAUAGUGAGGAUAUUUUUAACUCUUCUGAAAUCAAGUGUAGAUUGAAGAUUGCUUUUGAAGACUUUGAGAUGGCUAGAAUGAAAGUGCGGCCUAGUGCCAUGCGAGAGGUCAUACUUGAGGUUCCAAAGGUAAAAUGGGAAGAUAUUGGUGGACAAGGGGAGGUUAAGGUUCAAUUGAUGGAAGCAGUGGAAUGGCCUCAAAAACAUCAGGAUGCAUUCAAGCGAAUAGGGACUCGACCUCCAACAGGAGUGUUAAUGUUUGGUCCUCCUGGAUGUAGCAAAACCCUAAUGGCACGUGCCGUAGCUUCUGAAGCAGGACUAAAUUUCCUUGCAGUAAAGGGCCCAGAACUUUUCAGUAAAUGGGUUGGUGAAUCUGAGAAAGCUGUUAGAUCUCUAUUUGCGAAGGCAAGAGCUAAUGCCCCAUCAAUCAUUUUUUUUGAUGAAAUUGAUGGUCUUGCUGUCAUUCGUGGGAAGGAAAGUGAUGGGGUUUCUGUCUCUGAUAGAGUUAUGAGUCAACUUCUUGUUGAAUUGGAUGGUUUACAUCAGAGAGUUGGUGUCACUGUCAUUGCUGCUACUAAUCGGCCAGAUAAGAUUGAUCCAGCCCUUCUAAGGCCAGGACGUUUUGAUCGGUUGCUAUAUGUUGGGCCUCCAAAUGAAUCCGAACGAGAAGAGAUAUUUCGUAUCCAUUUGUGCAAAGUUCCUUGCAGCCCAGAUGUCAGCACAAGGAAGUUGGCUUCUCUUACCCCAGGGUGUACAGGGGCUGACAUAUCAUUAAUUUGCAGAGAAGCAGCCUUAUUUGCCCUUGAGGAAAACCUUGAGGCCUCAAAAAUAAAUAUGCAACAUUUAGAAACUGCAGCUGGACAUGUGAAGCCAUCUGAAACUGAACCUUAUCGAGAAUUAUCAUCUAGGUUUGAAAGGCUUGUUUGUUCUAGCUCACAAGAAGACAAUGUUGUAUGUCAGCUAUCAGGAUCUAACUGGUUUUCGAUAUGCAGGCCCCUCGUGAAAUCUGCUGCGUUACUUUUUUCUCGGUUUCCAGCUUGGGUUCAUCAUACGCUUGAAGGCUUCAAAUGAGCAGCUACAAAUUGGCUGCUGGUGAUUCAUUUACACAUUGUCUUCAAGCAAUUGUUCUGUCAUGGAAAUCACUCAAGAACAAGGUACUCUUUGAUGGGUUAUUUCAACUAGUGAUCUUGGAACAGUAACUGCGGGCUAUUUUUGUACGUAAAAACAAGUUUUUAAGCACUUGAAAAGUCGUUUCAAAUAGAUUCAACGACGGCAACCAAUUCUUUUGGAAGACCAUGUUUAAACAGGGGUCCCUGAACGAUUCUCGUUCUUUCCAAAAUAGAUUCAACGCUGCCAUUUACAAAUCCUGCUCCGAAGAGAGUAGUUUUCAGGAGCGACAUGGAACAGAUUUGAAGGCUUAUGAACUGCAGAGGGUUGAAGCACAAGUGCUGUGGGUGUACGAUGGAUAUUAUGUUCUUUGGGCUGUUGCUUUCUUUGAAGGCUUGUGAAAGCUUGGCGGUAUAGUUUGGAGCUGAAUAGACUUUAGAAAUGAAGAUCUCUGGCUACUUUUGAAUUGGAGUUAGCUUUUCAUUAUUAUUCUAGUUUUUCUAGCUCAUUUUUUGGUGUAUUUAUUAAUUUUUGUUGUAAUAAUUAUUCAAAAAUCGAAGUAUUAUACCGAAACUAAUAUUCCUUUUCUUGUGUU